AUGUUUGUUUACAAGAGAGACGGUCGUAAGGAGCCCGUCAGAUUCGAUAAGAUUACAGCACGUAUAUCGAAGUUAUGCUAUGGGUUAGAUCCUUCUCAUAUAGACGCUGUCAAGAUUACUCAGCGUAUUAUUUCUGGUGUCUACGAAGGUGUUACUACAGUGGAAUUAGAUAAUUUGGCAGCUGAAACAUGUGCUUACAUGACCACUGUUCAUCCUGAUUACGCUACACUAGCCGCUAGAAUUGCUGUUUCAAAUCUUCACAAGCAAACCACGAAGCAAUUCUCACAAGUAAUCUCUGAUCUGUACCAUUAUGUGAAUCCAGCUAACGGUGUCCAUUCCCCUAUGAUUUCUGAUGAGAUUUUCAACAUCGUUAUGACCAACAAGGAUGAAUUGAACUCAGCUAUUGUCUACGACAGAGAUUUCCAAUUCAAUUAUUUCGGUUUCAAGACUUUAGAACGUUCUUACUUGUUAAGGAUCAAUGGGUUGACUGCUGAGAGACCACAACAUCUAAUAAUGAGAGUUAGUUUGGGUAUUCAUGGUGAAGAUAUCAAAUCUGCGAUCGAAACUUACAAUUUGAUGUCAUUGAGGUAUUUCAUCCAUGCUUCUCCAACUCUUUUCAAUGCAGGUACUCCACAUCCACAAAUGGCAUCUUGUUUCCUUGUGGCGAUGAAAGACGAUUCCAUUGAAGGUAUUUAUGAUUCAUUAAAAGAAUGUGCCAUGAUUUCCAAGACUGCUGGUGGUAUUGGGUUGCAUAUUCAUAACAUUCGUUCUACGGGUUCUUACAUUGCAGGUACUAAUGGUACUUCCAAUGGUUUAAUCCCAAUGGUUCGUGUUUUUAACAACACUGCACGUUAUGUGGAUCAAGGUGGCAAUAAGAGACCUGGAGCAUUCGCCCUUUAUUUGGAACCAUGGCACUCAGAUAUCUUUGAUUUCAUUGAUAUCAGAAAGAACCAUGGUAAAGAAGAAAUUCGUGCAAGAGAUUUAUUCCCAGCAUUAUGGAUUCCUGAUUUGUUCAUGAAACGUGUCGAAAAGAAUGAAGAAUGGACACUUUUCUCUCCAAGUGAAGCUCCUGGUUUAGCAGAUGUAUAUGGUGAAGAAUUUGAAAAAUUGUACGAACGUUAUGAACAAGAAGGCCGUGGUAGAAAGACAAUUAGAGCUCAAAAGUUGUGGUAUGCCAUUUUAGAAGCACAAACUGAAACUGGUACACCUUUCAUGCUCUAUAAGGAUGCAUGUAAUGAAAAGAGUAACCAAAAGAACCUUGGUGUGAUUAAAUCUUCCAAUUUAUGUUGUGAAAUCGUGGAAUACUCUGACAAGGAUGAAACUGCAGCUUGUAAUUUAGCUUCUAUCGCAUUACCAUCUUGUGUGGAAGUAUCAGCAGAUGGUAAGGAACAAUGGUACAGUUUUGCCAAAUUACAUGAAGUCGCUAAAGCUAUUACACGUAAUUUGAACAAGGUCAUUGAUCGUAACUACUACCCAGUUCCUGAAGCCAAGAGAUCCAAUAUGAGACAUAGACCUAUUGCACUUGGUGUUAAUGGGUUAGCAGACACUUUUAUGAUGUUGCGUCUGCCAUUUGAAUCUCCUGAGGCAAAAAUAUUGAACCAACAAAUUUUUGAAACUAUUUACCACGGUGCCUUGGAACAAUCUUGUGAAUUGGCCAAGAUUCACGGUACUUAUUCUACCUAUGAAGGUUCCCCUAUCUCCCAAGGUCUUUUACAAUUUGAUCUUUGGGAGAAGAAUCCUUCAGAAUUAUGGGAUUGGGAACCAUUGAGACAAGGCAUUAAAGAACAUGGUGUAAGAAACUCAUUAUUAGUGGCCCCUAUGCCCACUGCUUCAACAUCACAAAUCUUGGGUUACAACGAAUGUUUCGAACCUUACACAUCUAACAUGUACUCUCGUCGUGUUUUAUCUGGUGAAUUCCAAAUUGUUAAUCCAUACUUGUUAAAGGAUUUGGUAGAUUUAGGUAUUUGGGAUGAAAGUAUGAAACAACAAAUCAUUACUGAUAAUGGUUCCAUUCAGAACAUUCCAAAUAUUCCACAAGAAAUCAAAGAUUUGUACAAGACGGUGUGGGAAAUUUCUCAAAGACAUGUUCUAGACAUGGCUGCUGAUCGUGCUGUGUUCAUUGAUCAAUCUCAUUCCUUGAAUAUCCACAUGCGUGCCCCCACAAUGGGUAAAUUAACAAGUAUGCACUUCUACGGUUGGAAGAAGGGUCUCAAGACUGGUAUGUACUACUUGAGAACACAAGCCGCUUCUGCAGCUAUUCAAUUCACCAUCGAUAAGAAUGUUGCCGCACAAGCAGGUCGUAACAUCACAACAUUGCCUGAACUACCACGUCCCAAAUAUGUUCCACGCGGUGUUAACAUGGUUGAAAAGGAAUUGGUGCCCAAGAUUGAUGGUACCCUAAUCAAUCCAUCUCUAUACGACAACAAGAGAGAGCCAUCACCAACCCCUUCCACAACGUCUUCCGUCGCUAAUAGCAUUGCUUCAUUGAAGCUUCAAGAUACAAGUUUGCCAGAUACUCCAAGUACAUCCGCCUCUAAGUCAAGUCUGCCGGUGACACCAGUUACAUCUGCUGCCAAGCCAAGUCUGCCGGACAAACAACUUGAUGCCAAGGAUUCAAAGACUGAUGAUAACAAGAACAAUAACGAGGGUAAUGAAGAUAAGAAGGACCAAAAUGGCAAGAGUAAUGAAGAAUUCGACAUUUUCAGUUCUAAAGUAAUUGCAUGUGCUAUCGACAACCCUGAAUCCUGUACUAUGUGCUCUGGUUGA